GUGAGUCAAUCAGGGGGAGUAGAGUCUAAGUGGUGAGGAGUUGAACCGGUUGUCUGGUUGUGCACCAAUCACCAUGGUUGACACCCGUGCUAGGAAGAGUACUGCCCCCUCCGAGGUCGAGCAGGCCCGGACUGCCGCCCUUUUGAGAGAGAAGAAAGAGGAGGAGCUCUUGAAGCAGGCAAAGCUAAAGACCAUUGAGGAGGAGCAGGCGGCGAAGAAGAAGAGAUUGGAGGAGGAGAUGCUGAGAUUUCAAAAGGAAAAGAUGAUAAUGUUAGAGAGAGAGGAGGAGGAAAGAAGAAGGGCUGCAGAGGGAAAAGCAGCAGCAGAGGAGGAGGAGGAAGAAGAAGAAGAGCCCCUUGAAAGAAGACGUGGAGAACAGAGAGGGGAAGCAAGUGGCACGAAAGAGGAGGACAGAUGGAGGGAGAAGAAGAUUAGUGAAUGGGUGGCUAACUUAUCUUUGGGAGAAGAUGAAGAGGCACAGUUAUAUGUGCCGCAGGAGGAGAGGGAGGCGUUUGCCAGGGCAUUGGAGUUGAUAGAGGAUCCUCUGGAACGCCAGGCGACAGAGGAUGAGAAGAAGCUGGAGCGGAAGUUGAAAAUGACGAGGGAAAAGAAGAGAAGGAGGGAGGAAGCCAACAGAAUAGCCGGGGAGGUUGAGCAAGUGCAAACCGGUAGGCAGGAAUUGCAGGCCCAAACAGAGGUUUCUACCAAGUUAGAUAAGAUGAUGGGCUUCCUAGAAGUCUUGAGUGAGGCCUGGCUAGAGGAGCACCAGGCCCGUAAGGGUCAAGAGGUGACCCUGCAAGCAAUGCGAUCCGGGUUCAGGGAGUUCGCGAGUGACGUGGUGGGCCACGUCGGGGCCGAAAUUAGAAGAUUGAGGGAUGGCGUAGACAAGUUCUGCGCUCGCGCCAUUGAGACCGCCAAAGUUGUGGCCACAACAAAGGCCACGGCGCGUCCCCGCAACGAGCCAGUCAAGUUAAAAUUCCCUGACUCAUAUAGCGGGAAAUUGCUCAAGAAAGAGGCAAUCUGGCAGUGGGAUAAGGAUUGUACGUCUGCACCAAAGAAGUUAAAGCUUGCGUUGAUAGAGUACCCAGCCCUCAAAGUAGCAGAUCCGUCCUUGCCAUUUGUCGUCACCACGGACGCGAGUCAGUAUGGUAUUGGCAUAGUGUUACAGCAGGACGACGGCAAUGGCUACAGACCCGUAGAGUUCAUGUCAGUGAGGAUGCCCUCAGAGAAGGUUGCUACCUCGACGUAUGAGAGGGAACUUUACGCUCUCAGGCAGGCUUUAGAGCACUGGAAGCAUUACCUGCUUGGGAGGCACUUCAARGUGUAUUCWGACCAYGARACRCUUAGAUGGCUGAAGACACAGGCCAAAAUGACACCUAAGUUGACUAGGUGGGCCGCUGAGAUAGACCACUACGACUUUGAGCUCAAGCCAAUUAAGGGCAAGUACAAUGUAGUGGCGGAUGCUCUGAGUAGGAGAUCAGACUACCUUGGAGCCAUAGUUCACUAUUUGGACAUAGGGUGGGACCUGCAAGAGAAAGUUAGACAGGCAUAUGCGUAGGACCCUAUCUAUAGCGACCUCCUCAAGAAGGUUAAGGAGGCCCCAAAGACUGAGCCAGAUUACCGCACUACAGAGGGUUUGUUAUUUGAGAAGACUAAUGUAGUAGACCGCCUAUGCGUUCCCAACAGUGAGGAAAUCCGCAGUUUGAUCCUAGGGGAAUGCCAUGAUACAGAGGGACACGUCAGUUGGCAAAAGACUUUAGCCAAUCUUACGCACGCGUACACAUGGCCAGGAAUGAAAAACGACUGCAUAGAGUAUGUCCGCAGUUGUUAAGUCUGUCAAAGGAACAAGACUACUACGCGUGCCCCUCUAGGUCUUCUUAAACCCUUGCCUAUUCCAGACCAGCCUGGAGAUUCAGUCUCCAUUGACUUUAUGGAUGCCGGUGUCAAGAGUAGACACGGCAAUAGCCAAGUCAUGGUCGUAGUUGAUAGAUUUAGCAAGUAUGCUAUUUUUGUUCCUUUGCCUGCAGAGGCACUUACCGAAUUAGUUAUUCAGAAGUUCUUCGAUUUUUGGGUUAGUGAGCAUGGCGUCCCAUUGUCUACAUAGAGACACCCGCUUCACUUGCCAGAACUGGCAGGAACUAAUGAGAGUCUAUGCAUCUAAGCCGUUGUCAUCUGGCCGCCAUCCACAGACUCACGAUCAGACAGAGCACAUGAACAAAAGCCUGCAGCAAGU